GGUCUCUAUCUCUCAGUCUCUCAGUCUCUGUCUCCUGGGUCUCCUGGCCCUGCCAGGCUGGGCAUUGCCCCUUUGGCCCAGGGGGCCUCGGGGGGUCCGUGCUGCCCGGCCUGCCCGUAGCGAGGCCAGGCUAGGGUAGGCCCCCGCCCAGCCUGCUGCCUGCCUCCUCCCUCUCUGCCCGCUUGCCUCACCACAGGGUUUGAUGAAUCAAACUCUUUGUCUGGGUGGGAUCUCCCCCAGCCAGCUGGGCAGAGAGAGGGCUUCCCCCGCCGGAGCAGCCAAACAACAUCUGCAGUGGGCCUCGGCUGGAGAGGUGGGUGGCAGAGCAAAGGAGGAAUGGACUGUGGGCCACCUGCCACCCUCCAGUCCCACCUGGCUGGGCCACCUAGCACUGCCUGCCACCCAGUAGCCGUGUGCCAGCAGGAGAGUCUGUCCUUUGCGGAAUUGCCCACCCUGCAGCCCCCAAGCCCUGUGUGUCUGGAUCUCUUCCCCGUUGCGCCAGAGGAGCUGCGGGCUCCUGGCAGCCGCUGGUCCCUGGGGACCCCUGCUCCUCUCCAAGGGCUGCUAUGGCCACCAUCCCCAGGAGGCCCAGACACCAAGAUCUCCACCAGUGGGGGGAUGCGGCCCAGCAGGGCUGGCAGCUGGCCACACUGUCCUAGUGCCCAGCCCCCAGCUCUGGAGGGACCCUGGAGUCCCCAGCACCCACAGCCGCAGCGCCGGGCCAGCCAUGGCUCGGAGAAGAAGUCAGCCUGGCGCAAGAUGCGGGUGUACCAGCGUGAAGAGGCCCCUGGCAGCCUGGAGGCCCAUGCUGUGUUCCUGGAGCCUGGCCAGGCGGCAGAGCAAGCCCGGAGCACAGAGGAGCCUCGGCAGCUGGAGCUGUCUGGGCCCACCCGCGUGGGCCUCGAGGGGCCUGAGCGGAGGCGCUUCUCAGCCUCUGAGCUGAUGACCCGGCUGCACUCUUCUCUGCGUCUGGGGCGGAUUUCGGCAGCCAGGGCACUGACCACAGGGUCAGGCACUGGAGCAGCUCGGGAAGGGAAAGUGUGUGGAAGGGAGUCGCGCAGUGUAGAAGUGAGAGUGAACGGUAUGGCGACGCCAGCCCCGGUUGACGCGAGCGGGGACCACGGCGGCUGGCCUGAGCCCAGGCUGGACACGCAAGAAGAGCCAGCUCUGGGUUCCCGGAGCGCUAGCGAGCGGCGCCAGUCACGGUUCCUCCUCACCUCCGUCCUCUACCAGGAAUACAGCGACGUGGCCAGCGCCCGCGAACUGCGGCGGCAGCAGCGCGAGGAGGAGGGCCCGGGGGACGAGGCGGAGGGCGCAGAGGAGGGGCCCGGGCCGCCGCGCGCCAACCUCUCGCCGAGCAGCUCCUUCCGGGCGCAGCGCUCGGCGCGAGGCUCCACCUUCUCGCUGUGGCAGGACAUCCCCGACGUGCGCGGCAGCGGCGUCCUGGCCACGCUGAGCCUGCGCGACUGCAAACUGCAGGAGGCCAAGUUUGAGCUGAUCACGUCCGAGGCCUCGUACAUCCACAGCCUCUCGGUGGCCGUGGGCCACUUCUUAGCCUCGGCUGAGCUGAGCGAGUGUCUGGGGGCGCAGGACAAGCAGUGGCUGUUCUCCAAACUGCCCGAGGUCAAGAGCACCAGCGAGAGGUUCCUGCAAGACCUGGAGCAGCGGCUGGAGGCGGAUGUCCUGCGCUUCAGCGUGUGUGACGUUGUGUUGCACCACUGCCCGGCCUUCCGCCGCGUCUACCUGCCCUACGUCACCAACCAGGCCUACCAGGAGCGCACCUACCAGCGCCUGCUCCUGGAGAACCCCAAGUUCCCUGGCAUCCUGGCUCGUCUGGAGGAGUCUCCCGUGUGCCAGCGUCUGCCCCUCACCUCCUUCCUCAUCCUGCCGUUUCAGAGGAUCACCCGCCUCAAGAUGCUGGUGGAGAACAUCCUGAAGCGGACAGCGCAGGGCUCUGAAGAUGAAGACAUGGCCACCAAAGCCUUCAACGCACUCAAGGAGCUGGUGCAAGAGUGCAACGCCAGCGUGCAGUCCAUGAAGAGGACAGAGGAGCUCAUCCACCUGAGCAAGAAGAUCCACUUCGAGGGCAAGAUCUUCCCACUGAUCUCUCAGGCCCGCUGGCUGGUUCGGCAUGGGGAGCUGGUGGAGCUGGCGCCACUGCCCGCCGCACCCCCCGCCAAGCUGAAGCUGUCCAGCAAGGCGGUCUACCUGCACCUCUUCAAUGACUGCUUGCUGCUCUCCCGGCGGAAGGAGCUCGGGAAGUUUGCUGUGUUUGUCCACGCCACGAUGGCCGAGCUGCAGGUGAGGGGCCUGAGCCUGAAGCUCCAGGGCAUCCCCGGCCACGUGUUCCUCCUGCAGCUCCUCCACGGGCAGCACGCGAAGCACCAGUUCCUGCUACGCGCCCGGACGGAAAGUGAGAAGCAGCGGUGGAUCUCGGCCAUGUGCCCCUCCAGCCCCCAGGAGGACAGGCUGGUCAUCAGCGAGGGAGAAGACCGCCCCCAGGUUCAGUGUGUCAGGACAUACAAGGCAUUGCAGCCGGACGAGCUGACCUUGGAGAAGACUGACAUCCUGGCAGUGAGGACCCGGACCAGUGACGGCUGGCUGGAGGGGGUCCGCCUGGCAGACGGUGAGAAGGGGUGGGUGCCCCAGGCCUACGUGGAAGAGAUCAGCAGCCUCAGUGCCCGCCUCCGCAACCUCCGGGAGAACAAGCGGAUCACGAGUGCCACCAGCAAACAGGGGGAGCCCCCCGCGUGAUGGGCAGCCGUGGCCUGGGACACCAGCUCCCUGGCCGGCUCCUGGGCAGGUCUGGAGGGGGCCUGCGUGUCUCCAUGCCCCAAGCCUCUGCUGCUGAGACUUCUGUUCUGUGGCCUGGCAUCGAGGGCACAGGCUGGACACAGGAGGGGGUUCCCUCCAGAGGGUCUCAUGCUCCUCAAUGUCCCACUUCAGGGCUGAGGGCAGUUCCUUCCUCUGGCAGGGGGGCCACACAGGUGACCUCUGAUAUCUGGCAGGGACUGGGGCCCUCUCCCUUCCAUGCCCUCCACCUGGCCUGACUCGUGGUCCCUCUGGCAGGGGCCUCGCUGGGAACGGCUCUGGUGACGAUGGGUGCUGGGACCUAUGUAUAUGUCUGGGGUCUUCCGGCCAGAGCCUGUGUGGGGCCUGGUUUCUGUGACUUGUCUGUAAAUAAACUCCCCUAAUGCCUUUGCUUGGA